AUGGUAAAGCAAACAAUUCAAGUCUUUGCCUGUGUAAAACCGACGAAGAAACCCACCGCGGAGUACUAUGUGCACUGUGAGGAGCAGGAUGGUAGUUUGGAGUUUGUGGUUCCCAGAGACUUGGCAGAUGGUGUUAUCAACAAUAAGAGGGAAAACUACAAAUUCAGGUUUCAGAGGGUUUUUGACCAAACAGCCAAUCAAGAGGAAAUCUUUCAGGCCAUUGCAAAACCUGUUGCUGACAAUGUGCUGGCAGGUUAUAAUGGGACUAUUUUUGCCUAUGGACAAACUGGAAGUGGAAAGACCUUUACAAUAACUGGAGGUGCAGAGCACUACACUGAC